AUGCUGACGCUACCGCAGAUCACAAAGCCGCAGUCCCUAGCAUGUCUUGCCGUCUUCGACACCGCCGAACUCGCCGAGGCCAUCUUCCUCGAGUUACCCAUGCGCGGCCUUCUCGUCAACGUCCAGCGCACCUGCAAGCAGUGGAAGGCAGUCCUCGAUGGCUCGCGCAAGCUCCAACAGGCCAUGUUCUUCGAGCCGAUCGCAGAUCAAGCACUACACCCAGAUACACCACACGAACUCGCAGAAACACGACCCGCCGCACAUCCACUAGUCAUUGGGCCAUAUCUCAAUCCACGUGCCGACAAGUACAAGUACUCCCAGCUCGAUGUUCUCUGGCGUCUCAACGCUUCUUGGCGCCGGCAGCUGGUAUCUCAGCCGCCAAUCGCUCGUGCGGAUGUGCUCAAUUCACGGCACGGAGACUAUGCGGCUGGUGUGAGUAAGGUGGUGAAGGCUGGGGCGGUGGGCGUCACUUGGGGUGACAUGUUCGUCGCUGGGUUUACUCGGCCCGAUGAGGCUAUCAUCACUGGACUGACUCACUGGCGACUCUUCAGUCUAGCGGAGGGGCCGACUUAUACAGACAUUGCGGUAUGA